UGCUUCUUUUUGUCUUCUCCUCCUCCUCUUCUCCGCCCCGUCUCUUCUCUUCGUUCUGCCGCUAUCUCGCCCUUCUCGCUCUGCUUCCCCCCCUCUCUUCUCUGCACUUCCAAUCUGCCAUCUUUUUCGCUCAUUCUUUGUGCGUUGGGGUCGUUCUUUCUUGGUUGGGAUUUGGGGAUUUUUGCAGGGCCACUACUGCUCGGGGGAAAGGGGGGACUAGGGCUCGAGGCCGGCCGGAUUGGGCGCUUCCGGGUCGGAUCUAUUAGACUUUUACCCGAGAAGGAUAUCGGAUCCGUGUUUUAGUUUUAUGAAAUUCUUAACGGGUCCUCUCAUUCCUGACUUAUUAUUAGUUUUUCCAUCCCGUAAGCGACACUCCGGCUGCAGUCAAACAGCUGAUCUCAGCCGUCUGAUGACGCGUCGACGGUUGAUGUGAGAUCUGUGACGCCAGCUGCAGCUCGAGGAGUCCCGACUCCUUUAAUAGACCUCUCAUCAGCUCGAUGCCCUUUUCGAUCUCUGCAUCCCCUUUCUCGCUUCCUCGCGUCCCCUCGUCUAUCUUCUCUACCUUCGGCUUCGCUCGCCCGGUGAAACCCUAAUCCUUCCCCCUCCCUCCUCCCACCCUCCUCACUGGCGUGGCAGCGUACCUUUCUUGAUCCGCCGUCGUCCUUCCUCGUGACGCUUCUCGUUGCGGUCUUCUUGAUGAUCGGCAUCUCUCUCGUGCUCGGCGUCCGGCUUCCCCAGCGCGUCGUUGUCGGAAGGCUAGCGGCGGGGCGUUUUUUGUUUUUUUCCGCAGUGCCAACGAAUAUGCUGCCUGCAGUUUUCUAGGGAUAAAGAUUUUUGAUCUCAUAAAAACGUCCAUUUUGGACGUUCAAGAUCAGACAGAUAUCUUAAAUCAUGAAGUAAGUAUUUACAAGAAAACGCUAUCAUGGCCUCAAAGGGUCCCAGAUCGAAGUUAGACCAUGAGACGAGAGCUCGGCGUCAAAAGGCACUUGAAGUUCCGAAGGAACCUCCUCGGCCAAAGACCCACUGGGAUCAUGUCAUAGAGGAGAUGGUUUGGUUGUCAAAAGAUUUUGAAUCAGAGAGGAAAUGGAAAUUGGCUCAGGCAAAGAAGGUUGCAAUAAGAGCCAGUAAAAGUGUUCUGGAUUAUGCCACUAGGGGAGAGAAAAAAGUGAAGGAAGAAGAGCAGCGUCUGAAAAAAGUUGCACUCAAUAUUUCAAAGGAUGUGAAGAAAUUUUGGAUAAAAAUAGAGAAGCUGGUUCUUUAUAAGUUCCAAUUGGAUGUUGAGGAGAGAAAGAAAAAAGCUCUUGAUAAGCAGCUUGAUUUUCUUUUAGGCCAGACUGAAAGGUACUCCACAAUGCUUGCGGAAAACCUUGUAGAUGUGCACUAUUCUUCUAGAACAGAGGAUAUGGGUUUAAAAAUGGAGCAAGAUGCACACGUGGAGUGCAAAAGCACUGACGCACCAGCAACCCAGUUGGAUAACCUCGAGAGUGGUGAUGAUUUUAGCAUCCGAUCUGAAGAUGACUUGGAAGAUGAUGAGUGCACUAUUGAGGAGGAUGAAGCUCAAAUUACUGAGGAGGAGCGGAGAGAAGAAUUAACUGCCUUGAAAGCUGAAGCUGAUCUACCACUUGAGGAGCUUCUCAAGUUCUAUGCCAAAGACAACUCUAGCAGGAAAGAUGGUUCAGGAAGUGAUGAAGAUUUAUUUAUGCCUGUUAUGCAAAAAGAUCAGAUUACGGAAUAUUUGAACCAAGUAAAUGGCGAGAAUGUGAAGCAUCAUUCUGCAGAGAAUAAUCAUGUACAGCAAGAUUUUGGUCAGCCCCAUAAUAGGGAAAGUAAUGGUGACUCUUCCUCCUUUCGAGGACAGUUGACUAUCAAGAAAUUACAGCCAAAACUUUGUUCAGAAAAUCUCGACUUGUGUGAUAUGAAACAUUCAACCCUUGGUCCAAGUGAUGACUUGGAUGAUAGAGAUUACACUGCUGCAAGUGAGGAGAAGGAUGAUGAGACAACAUUGUCUGAAGAGGAAGAGUUGGCAAAGAAGGAAGAAGUCAAUCCGCUUGAGGAGAUAAAGUCACUGAAAGAAGAGAGUGAAAUGCCCGUAGAAGAACUGCUUGCAAGGUACAACAAGGAUUUAUGCAUUGACGAUGGGAUGAAGAAAUCUGAUUUUUCUUCCUCAAGCACUGAUGAUCAGCUGGAGAACAAAACUCAAAACCUCAAAAUGAUUGAUGGUGAAUAUCAAGAGGACAAAUCUCCAUAUCAAAAUGAAUUGGAUUCUUCUGUUUAUAAAGAGAUAAAAACGGAUUGUGAUAACAUAAUGGAUGGGAGGGAGAGUGAGAUUAUCAUUGCCGAUGCAGCAGCUGCUGCAAGAUCAGCACAGCCGACUGGAAACACUUUCUCAACAACAAAAGUGCGGACAAAGUUCCCUUUCCUUCUGAAGCAUCCUCUCCGUGAAUACCAACACAUUGGUCUAGAUUGGCUGGUAACAAUGUAUGAAAAGAGGCUAAAUGGAAUUCUAGCAGAUGAAAUGGGCUUAGGGAAGACAAUCAUGACCAUUGCUCUUCUUGCUCACCUAGCUUGUGACAAGGGAAUAUGGGGGCCUCAUCUCAUAGUGGUACCAACUAGUGUCAUGCUCAAUUGGGAGACUGAAUUCCUUAAAUGGUGUCCUGCAUUCAAAAUACUAACGUACUUUGGGAGUGCAAAGGAACGGAAGCUUAAACGACAGGGUUGGUUAAAACCUAAUUACUUUCACAUUUGCAUUACUACUUACAGGCUUGUUAUUCAGGAUUCAAAAGUAUUUAAGAGAAAGAAAUGGAAAUACCUCAUUCUGGACGAAGCACACUUGAUAAAGAACUGGAAAUCUCAGAGGUGGCAGACUCUACUGAAUUUUAACUCAAAACGGCGAAUUCUGUUGACUGGAACACCCUUGCAGAACGACCUUAUGGAACUUUGGUCUUUGAUGCAUUUCUUAAUGCCUCAUAUUUUUCAGUCUCAUCAAGAAUUUAAAGACUGGUUUUGCAACCCAAUUUCGGGGAUGGUGGAGGGCCAGGAGAAAGUUAACAAAGAAGUUGUUGACCGGUUGCAUAAUGUGCUUCGUCCUUUCAUAUUAAGACGUUUAAAAAGGGAUGUGGAAAAACAACUCCCAAAGAAGCAUGAACAUGUCAUAUACUGUAGGCUUUCCAGAAGGCAGCGAAAUUUGUAUGAAGAUUUUAUUGCCAGCUCAGAAACUCAAGCAACAUUAGCGAGUUCAAAUUUUUUCGGGAUGAUUAGUGUUAUAAUGCAACUUCGUAAAGUUUGUAACCAUCCAGAUCUUUUUGAAGGCCGUCCAAUUGUAAGUUCAUUUGACAUGGCUGGUAUGGACAUGCAAUUGAGCUCUUCUAUUUGUACAAUCUUUUCUUCCAGCCCAUUUUCAAAAGUUGAUCUCUGUGGCUUAAAUUUUGUAUUUACACAAAAUGAUUAUUGUAUGACUUCAUGGGUGAAGGAUGAAGUCAACUCAAUUGCUUGUCCCCCAAAUUUAAUCCAGCGUACUUGGCUUGAGGCUUCUGGCAGUCUUUCUUUUUUCCAAAGUAGAUAUGAGCUGAAGAGAAAAAUUCAUGGAACUAACAUAUUUGAAGAGAUUCAGAAGGCCCUUUGGGAGGAAAGAGUGAAACAUGUUAAAGAAAGAGCCAUGUCCGUUGCAUGGUGGAAUUCCUUGCAGUGCCAGAAGAAGCCCGUAUAUGGAACUGAUCUGAGGAAGCUUGUCACAAUAAAACAUCCGGUCUUUGACAUUCUUGAGCAAAAGAAUAAUCCUUCAUGUUACAUGAACUUUUCAUCGAGACUGGCAGAUAUAGUUCUUUCACCCAUUGAACGCUUUCAGAAGAUUCUUGAUCUAGUUGAAUGUUUCAUGUUUGCAAUUCCUGCUUCGCGUGCCCCCUUUCCUGUUUGCUGGUGCAGUAAAGGUAGAUCUCCUGUUUUUCUGCAACCAGCAUACAAGGAAAAAUGCCGAGAGGUCUUUGCACCUUUAUUAUCAGCUAUUAGGCCAGCCAUUGUUCGGAGACAAGUUUAUUUUCCUGACAGACGUCUAAUACAGUUUGACUGUGGAAAGCUACAGGAGCUUGCAAUAUUGCUAAGACGAUUGAAAGCAGAAGGCCACAGGGCUCUAAUUUUUACUCAGAUGACAAAGAUGCUUGAUAUCUUGGAGGCUUUCAUUAAUUUGUAUGGGUUCACCUACAUGCGACUAGAUGGAUCUACACAGCCAGAAGAGAGACAGACACUGAUGCAGCGUUUUAACACAAAUCCAAAAUACUUCCUGUUUAUUUUGUCCACACGUAGCGGUGGUGUGGGGAUCAACCUAGUUGGUGCCGAUACAGUCAUUUUUUAUGAUAGUGACUGGAAUCCCGCGAUGGACCAACAAGCUCAAGAUAGAUGCCAUAGAAUUGGGCAGACAAGGGAAGUGCACAUUUAUCGACUUAUCAGUGAGAGUACCAUUGAGGAAAACAUCUUGAAGAAAGCAAACCAGAAGCGUGCACUUGAUGAUUUGGUUAUACAGAGUGGUAGUUACAAUAUGGAGUUCUUUAAAAAGCUUGAUCCAAUGGAAUUGUUCUCUGGCCAUAGAAGUCUCAGAAUUGAAAGUUUGCAGAAAGGAAACUCUAGCACUGCUGACUGUUCUGCUAAUGGGAUGGAUGCCCUAUUAUCCAAUGCAGAUGUUGAAGCAGCUAUUAAACAAGCAGAAGAUGAAGCAGAUUAUAUGGCCCUGAAAAAGUUAGAACAAGAAGAGGCUGUUGAUAAUCAAGAAUUCACUGAAGAUAUCAUUGGAAGAUCAGAGGAUGAUGAGCCUGUUAAUGAGGAUGAGACCAAGCUUGAUGAGAAAGUUGCUGAAGAGCAGAAUUGCUGCACUUCAGUUAGCAAGGAAAAUGACGUUAUCUUAUGCAGCAGUAAUAUGUGCGAACAAAAGUCUCUUGCAUUAGGUGGGGAAGAUGAAGAUAUGGACAUGCUUGCUGAUGUUAAGCAGAUGGCUGCAGCAGCAGCAGCAGCUGGACAAGCAAGUUCAUCUUUUGAAAAUCAGCUUCGUCCAAUUGACAGAUACGCGAUGCGUUUUCUGGAACUUUGGGAUCCUAUAGUUGACAAAUCUGCAAUAGAGUAUCAGGCAAUUGUAGAAGAGCAAGAAUGGGAGCUUGAUCGAAUUGAGAAAUUUAAAGAUGAACUAGAAGCUGAAAUUGAUGAAGAUCAAGAGCCAUUCUUAUAUGAAAGAUGGGAUGCCGAUUUUGCAACCACAGCAUAUCGCCAGCAUGUUGAAGCAUUAGCUCAACAGCAGUUGUUGGAAGAACUAGAAUGUGAAGCACAGUUAGCGGAUGAUGCAGAUGAUGAGAAUGAUGCUUUCAAGAAUGGAACACUAGAUGAACGGAAGCCUAAGACAAAAAAGAAAAUGAAGAAGACAAAGUUCAAGUCUCUGAAGAAAGGGCCAUUAGCUUCGGACAUGGAAGUUGUUCAUGAGGAACCAUCACUAGAUGACAUAUCUGUUGAUGAUAAAGUUCUUUCUCCAGAUAUUAUCUCUGCUGGGUCACCAACACGCUCACCACCUAGAAAAAAGCGCAAGAAGGUUUUUGCUCCCUCAGAAGAUGAAGAAAAUAACUUGAGGAAAAGCAUUAAGAAACUUAAGAAAGCUUCUCACAGUAACCAUGUUGUUGAUUUCAACAAGUAUGGUAAACAUACUAUGGAAGCUACAGAAUUGAAACUUGGAGACGGAGCUACCGAGUCUGAUCUGAGACCUGCAAGCAGAACCAAAUCUGGUGGAAAGAUUUCCAUCGCAUAUGUUCCAGUAAAACGUGUAAUAAUGGUGAAACCAGAAAGGUUUAGAAAGAGGGGACCAGUUUGGUCAAAAGAUUGCUUUCCUGCUCCAGAUAUUUGGUCAUCUCAGGAAGAUGCUUUGUUGUGCGCAAUCGUACAUGAGUAUGGCACUAAUUGGAGCUUUAUAAGUGACACACUUAAUGAUAUUCCUUGUGGUGGAUCUUACAGAGGAAGGUUUCGCCAUCCUGUCCAUUGUUGUGAGAGGUUUCGAGAACUGUUUUUUAAGUAUGUUCUGUCUGCUAUGGACAGUUCUAAUACAGAAAAGAUUACCUCUUCUGGAUCUGGAAAGGCACUUCUAAAAGUGACUGAGGAUCAAAUACGUGUAUUGCUGAAUGUGACAAGUGAGCUUCCUGAUAAUGAAUUGCUUCUUCAGAAACAUUUCUUAGCAAUUCUUUCUUCUGUAUGGAGAGCAAAUUGUCUCCUUGAGAGUUAUCGAAGCAGGACAUCUUCUAAAAUUAAUUUCUGUUCAAAUAGGAGGUUCUCUGACUCUUGUGGUAAGUCUCAAAGAUUGACUGGAAAGAUGAACUUAGCCAGCUCGAGACAGUCAAGUAAGCUAGUAUCCACGGCCCUUACUGAUGUUUAUAAGAAUCACGAAGACUCAGCAAUUGUUUCCAACGAGCUAGGUUCCCAAUCUGUAGUUGACCAUGUGAAUCUGAUGCUGGACUUUCCCAGUGAUGAAGUGAAUUAUGACAGUGUUUUCCCCUCGACCAUUAGUUUAUCGAUUCAUGUUCCAGAACUGCCACAAGCAGCAAAUGAACCUCCAGGGCAGUUUUUACUAGCAGAAUCAUCAUGCGGGAUUGCUGAAAAUCGGUUCAGGCUGGCAUCAGAAGCUUGCUUUGAGGGAGAUAGUUGCGGAUGGGCAUCAUCAGCUUUUCCUUCAUCUGAUACCAACAGAUACAGAUGUGGCUUGAAGUCGCAAUCAUUAGGCAAGCACAAAUCUGGAUCCGAUAUAAUAAAGCCUUCCAAAUUGAAAAUUCAAAGAACUACAGAAGUGCAAGAAGACCCCAGUUUGGUUAGCAAAUAUGUUGCACAACCUCGACCAACAACACUCAUGGAGUCUUUUGACAUUUUGGACACGGGGUGUGACCAUUCUCAGUGGCAUGCCAUGGAUGCACUUGAAGAGCCACAAUUUGUAGAUAUUGUACCCCAUGCCUAUGAUCCAAACUUCUUUAGUGGCCUCGAGGAAAUGGAACCACUGCAGGAUAUCACUGAUGUUGGAUGAUUCGUCUGCCUUAUAAUUCCAAAUGUUAGACUGAUCUUGAGAGGCCUCGAGAACACAGAUUGUCGGUAGUGGCAUUAUUAAAGAAAAGAGAAUGCCCGAGGUCUUAAAAAGAGGCAUCGAAUGGGAAUGGGCUGACGGAGCAGAUCAAACCUUGUGUGGGGAUGCAAGGGCAAGGAAAAAGGUUGGAUGGCUGGAAACACUGUGGGUGGUUUUUGGACAUGCUUGUACAGUAGUAGGCUUAGGUCCCAUUGAUGUAAUAUUUUUCCUUCUUGUAAGCAAAGGGAAAGCUUGUAAUUCUAACCACAGGGGAUUUUUUUUCCGUCGGGAAAAUUUUGGGUUGGACACCCAUCGAAAAGAAAAGGUACUGACUGUUCCUUCAAUUAAUUUAAAAGGAAAUUCUCGA